UUUUUUUCUAACCUGAGAUUUCUAAGGUUGAAAACUCGGGUACCGUAGAUUUCUCAGGUUGGCUACCUGAGAUUGAAAAAUCGAUUGCAUAAAGACUUUGGAAAACUCAGGUUGGUAACCAGAGUUUUAUUAACCACGAAUAUUCGUGAACGAGGAUGCGCACUGAAAUUUGGGUAAAAAAUAAUUGCGCCCGUGUAAACUUGCGAUUGUCUGCUAGCAACGUCAACGAAAUGGCUUCACCAAAUGAGAAAACGCCAACCAAACGAAAGCGUGAAAAUAUGACAGAGCAGCAUAUCCAAAUUCUGUGCGCAUAUGUCAGGGAAAAGAGGUCUGUGCUCUUCGGAAAGCCUUUGUCUCCCACUGAUAGGGUCUCUGAUCAGCGCAAACAAGCUUGGGAAAAUAUUGCUAAGCAGCUUUCAGCGACCGGAUGCCCCAGGAGUGGGGAUGACGUGCGUAAGGCAUGGUCCGACCUAAAGAAAAGGGCCAAAAAAUAUGAGGAUGAUAAGAAGAAGACUGGCGGAGGCUCCUACAGAUUCAAGCCUAUGUUGGAAGAGGUACUACUCACCAUAUCGGACAAAGCCUUACAUGGCAUAAAAGGGCAAAAUAGUGAGACUGGGGCAACUCAACCAUGCUCACAAAACACAGAGGCAUGCAACCUUCUGCACCAGAUGGGACAGGUGGAAGACGACGAUGUGGAGACAUUGGGAGAUGGAGAGGAAGAUCUGGAUCAAGAUCAAGAUCAAGAAAAUCCCCCCCCCAAAAAAAAGAAAUUUGGUAUCACAAGGAAAUUUGUAUCAAGAGAUGCUUCUGAGGAAUCAAGAAGCAAUGCUGGAGACCCAACAAGGCAUUCUAGCGACCCUCAAUGCCAUGUUGGGGGUCCUUCAAGAAUAUGUGAGCAAACAUGAUUGAUUUUUUUUUCUAAAAGGGAUGACUGUUUUCACAAAAUAUUGCUAAAAUUGAAAC